AUCCGCCCCGACCACGAACGGCUACUUGAACUCCAAUUGCUACGUUCAAGACAGAGAUUUCUCGAGUCGACCGAGCAAAACAAGCAAGAUAUCAUCCACUGCUUCGCAACACACACCCACACUACUACGAAUACCUCCCCAAAAUCGUUUUUAUCGGACAUGUCGACUCGUGUCGUGACGGUGACUACACCAAGCUUCGAUGUGGCGGGGUCUCCCACCACCAAAGACUGCAACAACGGAGAAACYACCCCUUCCUAUCGACCCAACUCUUCACACAGCUAUCUGUUAUGUGACGAUCCCAGCAAUCACUCUCCGUUUGUGAACCCAAACGCCACCGCGGGGGGUUCCACCGGCGGCGGCAGUUUCGACGCGAAGAAAGACCGUCCCGGCGGAAGACCGCAMCGGCAGCGACGGAACUGGCCAUCGCGGUCGACGACCCCGGUGUGGAUCCUGCAAUCCAUCGCCYUCGCAGACAAGAUCUUCGUGUCGUGGUGGUUGAUGUGGGUUCUGGAUGUCUGGCACAAGCACGUUCCUCUCUUCCUCAAGCGCAAACUUUGUUUUUGGGCCUGGGGGUGGUACKUUUCGGUUCACACGCUUGUAGUCUGUGGAUGGAUGGGAUUGUACAGCGAUGAUCGCUUCUAUCGGUYGUCCCCGCCGUCGCCRCACUCCGAUGGCAAAGGCAAGAGCGGCAGCGAUUUCAUMAGCAACGAAUACAAGGCGUAUUCGACGCUCUGUUACCCGUCGCAAUUUUUUGUGGUCGACGUUCCACGCAUGCGCUUCGCACUGAGCCAGCUCAACGUCAUCAGCUCGAGAGACAUACCAUGCGAGGAAUGCGUCGAACGAGUCGCCGACGGCACAAAUAGCCGUGGCGUCGACCAAACAGGCACCAACCACCGCAGCGAAAGGCCGUUCGUCGUCCCCGACGCGCAGCGCGAUCACCAAACCGUACGGGGACUCUAUGUGACGAACCCAAACAAGCGCAGCAACGACAACACUCUGUCCCACACGCGAAGCAUUUUGUUCUGGUUUUUUGGCGGAGCCUACCUGGCGGGUGACGCCGAGGGAAACCUAUCGCUGGCCAACGAAUUCAUGGAAGACUGCAACGCGGACGCGGUCUUUGUUCCMGAAUACAGGCUGGCUCCGGAGGCGAAAAUCGAUGAYGUGUUGUGGGACGCCGCCUGGGCCUAUCGUUACUUGGUCAAGAGGCUGCAAAAAGAGAGCAGCCAGCAGAAUCAACAUACCGACACCGAAAUCGUGUUUGUGGGCAUUUCGAGCGGGGGGGCCAUCGCCCUGCGCCUCUUACAGCUGUUGCGGGAUCGAUCCCUGACAACGAAAGAAGGGUCGUCGCUGCCCGUGACACCCUCGUUUCUGGAGCCCGUCUUGGACGACAUCGUGUCACGGACGAUCAAGAGUGCGGAGCCUUCUWCGAGCAAAACCAAAUCCAUCCGAGUGGCGGGGGCCGUCCUUUUUGCCCCCUACGUCGACUACCGAGACCCACAACCACCGAGCGGUUCGUUUGUGCAAAAUUCCGAGUUCGACUGGGUCGUCACACAAGCCGUCCAGCACUACGGACUGCCCUACCUCAACGAAUUUGUUCCUCCGCUUGGCGACGACCUGCUCCGAACGAACGAUGACCACAGUGGGUACAAUACAAACGGACGGAUUCAAUACUCUCCGCUCACUCACGACAUGAACGGGUUGCCACCGUUGUGCUUAAUUGCGAGUGAACACGAAGCGUGCUACGACAUGGCCAUCGCUAUAGUCAACAAGGCCCGCCAGGGAGUGGAAAGAGGAGAUGCCGCUGCUUGUCCCCCGACGGAGGUGACAAUUGGGGUCUGGAAGUACAUGUGCCACGUGUUUUCCAUGAUGCAAGCUUUCCUUCCGGAAGGAAAGGCAUCGAUUGACUUUGCCAAGGGCUGGAUCCAAAGUAAAACAAACCAUUGAGUCGAGAAAGAUGUCAUAGAUUGGAUUGAGCCCUUGGAGAAUGGGGGAACUAUGAAUGGAUUAAGUAUCUCUACAUUCUUCUUCUUCUCCUGAAAGGAGUUUGGUGUCAAGCAAUGGUGGAUUACUACCUCUCUUUUGCAGCCAUACAAUGCAUGCAUACACUGGUAUCUGAUGGUGAAUUUUAUUUAUUGGAACCUUAAUGUUAGUCUAA